CAUAUAUAACAUACGCCUAACAAUUUCGUCUCUACAAUUCGGUUCCCUUCCGUACAAAACACUACUUGAAAAAUGCCGCCAAUUACGCUCUGGUUCCUACAAUCCUCGCGCUGCAUUCGCACAGCCUGGCUACUAGAAGAGCUCAAUCUCCCGUACAACCUGAAGUUUUCCGACCGCGUAAAUGCAAGAGCGCCCGACGAAUUCAGAGCAGCGUCCGGUAAUCCACUAGGAAAGUUCCCCACGCUACAAGAUGGCAAUUUGACCAUCUACGAGAGCGGCGCUAUUAACGACUACCUCUGCGAAACAUAUGAUAAAGAGGGAAAGCUCUUUCCUCACGACCCCAAGCAGCGCAACAAAGUCCGGCAAUGGGUGCACGCCGCCGAAGCCACUGUGCUCCUCCACGCCAUCGCCAUUUACUACGCGCGAUCAUAUUUCCCCAAAAACGCGCCAGCAGGGGCCCUUGAAGCGACUGAGAAAGGCAUGUCGGCGAAUGUGCAGGCAGACCUUGCGUGGCUGGAAUCCGAGCUAUCGGCGUCGCCGGGGAAAUUCUUGUGUGGCGACCAUCCUACUGCUGCAGAUAUCAUGAUGCAAGUUUCUGCUGAGUAUAUCUUGAAGGGGAAGUUAGGCACGCAGGGCAAGGAGUAUCCGAUGAUUGAGAAGUGGUUGGAGGCGUGCAAGGAGACGGAGAGUUAUAAGCGGGCGGUGCAGAAGACGGGGCAUAAAUUGUGAUGGUGAGUUCUAGCUGGGUCAUUUCCUAUUCAUGUACGGAAGUAGAGUAGUUCUAACAAGACCAUGUUCUUCGUGCGAGCUACUCGUCGUCUACAAGCUCCACCCUGGCAUCAUCUCCUUGAACCGCUUUAGGAAACGCUUUGUUGUGCCAAG